AUGACGUUGUCAAUUUCACCCUCCGCUCCAGUUUUCGAGCAUCACCCGGACGGACUCGGUGUUCAACACGCGCAACCGCGGAUUUCGUGGUUGUUCUCCAGCGACGGCGGGGGUUCAGGUGGAUGGAUACAACAGGCUUACGAGCUGGAGAUUUCUCGCAAUGGAUCUAUUGAGACACACCAUGUUGAAAGCGACCAGUCGGUGCUUGUUCCUUGGCCCAGCAGUCCGCUUGUCUCAAGGGAGAAGGCAGAGGUGCGAGUCCGGUGCUUCGGUGCUUCUCCCAAGCAAACUACCGGCCCCGGCACUAUCGGUAUGCCGACAGAAUGGUCCCCAUGGGCAACCAUCGAGGCAGCCCUGUUGGAUAAAGGCGAUUGGAAAGCCCAGAUGAUUACCGGCUCGCUGGUAUCGCGACUCGACCAACCUGUCCGACCGUUACGUUUUCGCAAGGUCUUCGAACUCGCCGAGAAUAGGAAUCCAGUCACCAGCGCCAGACUUUAUGUGACUUCCUACGGGGUUUACCAUGCGUUUAUUAAUGGCGAGUCCGUGGGGGAUCAUGUCAUGUCACCAGGGUGGACAAGUUACCACCAUAGACUUAAUUACCAGGUCUUCGAUGUUACGUCGCAGCUACAGAAAGAUGGUAGAAAUGUGAUUGAAGCGGAGGUGGGCCCUGGCUGGUUUGCGUCCCGAUUGGCUUGGGGUGAAGGCCGUCGAUGCAUCUAUGGAGACUAUCUGGGUGUACUGCUACAAUUGGAGAUCCGCUUUGGAGACAGUGCAGAGCAACUAGUUGUUGGAUCCGAUCCUACUUGGACAUGGAGCCACAGCCCACUUCUGAGCAGCGAGAUCUACGAUGGCGAAGUCUACGAUAUGACUCUGGAACAGGCUGGAUGGCAUAAAUCCGACCACGACGUGUUGCCGGGGUGGACAAAUGCAAACAGCUUGCCAUUCCCCCAAGCUCAGUUGAGUGCGCCUGAUAGCCCUCCAGUACGAGUGACCCAAAUUAUAUCUGCACGGAAGAUUUUCACGAGCCCAUCAGGGAAGGUUCUCGUCGAUUUCGGACAGAAUCUAACUGGCAAAAUUGGCGUUCGAUCUUUGAAGAAAACAGCUGGGCAUCGUGUCACGUUUCGUCAUGCAGAGGUCCUAGAGAACGGGGAGCUAGGAACAAGACCGCUCCGCUCAGCCAAAGCCACUGAUACUAUAAUCUGCUCCGGGGAGAUACUCCACUCCUGGUCUCCGUCAUAUACAUUUCACGGUUUCCGCUACGUGGAAAUUGGAGGGUGGACGCCAGAGGAUACCGAGAGUCCGUUGAAGCAGGAAGAUAUCACUGCUCUAGUAACUCACACUGAUAUGAGUCGCACGGGAUGGUUCAGCUGCUCAGAGCCCCUCGUGAACCAGCUACACGAGAAUGCUCUUUGGAGUAUGCGCGGGAAUUUCCUCUCUAUUCCCACCGACUGUCCACAGCGGGAUGAACGACUGGGCUGGACGGGCGAUAUCCAAAUAUUUUCUCCGUCUGCUAACUUUCUUUACAACACUUCCGGGAUAUUGUUCGGCUGGCUGCAAGAUCUCGCCGCCGAGCAAACAUUGGCAGGAGGAGUCCCUCCACUGGUGGUUCCCAAUAUCCUCAAGGAUGAAUGGCCUCCGUACGCACCUCAUGCUGUUUGGGCUGACGCAGCUAUCCUGGUUCCUUGGAAUCUGUAUUCCUCAUAUGGGGAUCCCGGCAUUCUGCGACACCAAUAUCCCAGCAUGCAGAUGUGGCUGGAUCAGGGUGUCCGCCGCGAUGCAAGCGGGCUAUGGGAUUCAUCGCUAUGGCAACUGGGUGAUUGGCUCGAUCCAGCUGCGCCUGCACAUAACCCUGGAGAAAGUAAUACAGACAGCGACUUUGUUGCCAAUGCUUAUCUAGUGCAUAUCACGUCGGUGAUGAGCAAGGCCGCCGCCAUUGUGGGCUUUCAGGAUGAUGCGAAGCGGUACAGUGAAGACUGGCAGCGGCUCAGAGGGACCUUCCAAAAGAGAUAUAUCACCCCCGAGGGUCUCGUAGUGGGUGAUACACAGACAUCGCUCGCUCUCGCUUUGGUAUUUGAUCUUCUCGAGACACCGGAGCAAAGAAGAAGUGCAGGAGAGCGUCUUGCAAGACGGGUCCGACUGGCGAAGUUUCGAGUCGCGACCGGCUUCGCAGGAACCCCUGUCAUUGCACAUGCUCUGACACUGGCCGGCCAAACACAACUUGCAUUUCGCAUGCUGCUGGAACGGAAAUGCCCGUCAUGGCUGUACCCCGUCACGAUGGGCGCAACGACAAUGUGGGAGCGAUGGGACAGCAUGCUCCCCGAUGGAUCAAUUAAUCCUGGUCAGAUGACCAGCUUUAAUCAUUACGCCCUGGGGUCGAUUGUGAACUGGCUACAUGAGUGUGUAGGAGGCAUUCGGGCGCUUGAGCCUGGUUGGAAAACAUUCCUUAUCCGUCCGCGUCCAGGCGGCACCCUCGAUUGGGCUGAAACGCGUUAUGAAAGUCCCUACGGAACAAUUAAAUCCCACUGGAAGAUCAAGACUGACGGUGGCAAGAAAUCCUUUCACCUGACUGUCACUGUACCUCCAAAUUCCAUGGCGUGGGUGAUCACCCCGGAAAAGGAAGAGUUGAAGGACACUGAUGGGAAGGAGUCCGGCGUACAGUGUUUCUCUGGAGAGCAUGAGUUUUCCUGCGCGUAUAUGGACCAGAAUGACUGGCCACCCAAAAGGCUGAGAAUUGGGUAUGGUCCUGAAAAUCUUGAUGAUGAUGACGAUGACUAUGUGUGA